AUGAACUCCUACUUAGAUUAUCCUGUGUGCAACCGGGGAGCGAAUCUUUUCGGUGCCAAAGCCGGAUACCCCAGUUUGAACCAUGGAUACAUGUCGUCCGGCGGCUCUUGCGCAACAGGUGACGGUUACGCGGCCCCCACGGCCCCCGCGGCCCACCAGGCCCCCGGCAGCCUGCCCCUGCACCACCAGGCCCACGUCGGCGUGGACCUGCAGUUCCCGGUUCCCGGGAACCCGGUGUACGGCUCGCCCCUGGAGUACGGACACCACCAGUACGGCCUGGCCCCGGACCAGGACCGGGACCGGAGCUACGGCCAGGUCCACGCGCAGCUCUCGCCGCUCGGGACCGGCGUGGGCCCGUACGCGGGGGAGGGGUGCGCGCCCGGAGUGGCCACGGGAGGCCAGUACCUGCACUACGGGGACCAGAGGCAGCCGGAGUACGCGGAGAGCCUUUACGCGCGGAUACCGGCCCAGUGCAAGGACCAGGACCGGGACCGGGACCGGGACCCGGACGAAGCCUCGAAAACCUUCGACUGGAUGAGAGUCAAGAGGAAUCCCCCCAAAACAGCGGUCCAGUCGGAGUUCGGGGUUCCGGGCCAGCACAACGUGAUCCGCACCAACUUCACCACCAAGCAGCUGACGGAGCUGGAGAAGGAGUUCCACUUCAACAAGUACCUCACGCGCGCGCGGCGCGUGGAGGUGGCGGCCAGCCUGGAGCUGAACGAGACCCAGGUGAAGAUCUGGUUCCAGAACCGCAGGAUGAAGCAGAAGAAGAGGGAGAAGCUGGGCUGCGCGCUGGUGGAGAAACUCCCCAGCUCCCAAUCCUCUCCAAAAACUGAAAAAGAAAAGCUGUGA